AUGGCAGGCGGUCCAAAGAAACCCGUCAACAUCUUCCGGUUGAAAAACCUCAGCGAGCCAAAAGAGGUCUUCAACUGGAGACUAUGGUUCGCAGUUCUCUCAUUCGGCCUCAUGGGCGCUGCCCGGGGUGUCGAUGAGGGUUUGAUCUCGGGCGCUUUCAACUCGAAGGAUUUCCAACGGACGAUCCACUACAGCCAGUACAGUGCUGUCGAAAAGGCGAACAUCAAGGCGAAUGUGUCAUCAAUGGUGCAGAUCGGCUCUGUCGGUGGUGCUCUCUUCGCCUUCCUCGUUUGUGACCGCAUCGGUCGUAUCUGGGCUACUCGUCAGCUGUGUGUUCUGUGGGUUCUUGGUAUCGGUAUAUUCAUGGGCGCAAACGGAAACCUUGGAGCCAUCUACGCCGGUCGCUUCAUUGCAGGAUUGGGUGUCGGACAAACGGUCGUGGUUGGCCCGGUCUAUCUCGCUGAGAUUGCCCCGGCGUCCAUUCGAGGUCUCUGCACCUGUGUGUUUACUGGUUUCGUGUAUCUCGGUAUCGUCCUGGCCUACUUCACCAACUACGGCUGCCAGGUUAACCUCGGAGAUAACACGCACAAGCGAUGGGAAGUGCCAACCAGUCUGCACAUCAUCUUCGCCGGCCUGAUCUUCUGCCUCUCCUUCCUGCAAUACGAGUCUCCUCGCUUCCUGAUCAAAAAGGGCAAACACGAACAAGCGAUCCGCAACCUGGCGCGCGUGCGACACCUCCCUGAAGACCACGAGUACGUUGUGCAGGAGAUCACCGCCAUCGAGCUGUCCCACCAGGCCGAACUCGAGGCGACCAUGGGCGCGGGCUGGCUCGGCGUCAUCAAGGAGACCUUUUGCGUCCCGAAGAACCUGUACCGCAUCUACCUGACUGCCAUGGCGCAGGUCCUCUCGCAGUGGUCCGGAGCCGGCUCCAUCACCCUCUACGCCCCAGAUCUCUUCAAGCUGCUCGGCAUCACGGGCUCCAACGAGACCCUCCUCGUGACCGGUGUCUUCGGUAUCGUCAAGCUCGUCGCAGCCAUCGGGUGCGCCCUGUUCCUGGUCGACGUGAUCGGCCGCAAGCGCGCGCUGCUCAUCGGUAUCACCCUGCAGGCCAUCGCCAUGAUCUACGUCGCCUCCUUCCUCACCGACGUCCCGGAGAUGGGCAUCGUCCACGACUUCGUCCUGCCGAAGGCGAAGCAGGGCGUCAGCCGCGGCGCCAUCGCCAUGAUUUACAUCUCCGGCUUCGGCUGGGCCCUGGGCUGGAACUCGAUGCAGUACCUGCUCACCGCCGAGCUCUUCCCGCUGCGCAUCCGUGCCCUGGCGACCUCCAUCGCCAUGACGCUGCACUUUGUCAACCAGUACGGCAACUCGCGCGCCGUCCCGAACAUGCUGCUGCCCACCGACCAGGGCGGCAUCACCCCCAAGGGCACAUUCUGGUGUUUCGCGGCGGUGACCAUCCUCGGUGGGCUGUGGGUGUUUUUCAGUGUGCCGGAGACGGCGGGCCGGUCGCUCGAGAGCAUGGAUAGCCUGUUCGAGCUGCCGUGGUACAAGAUCGGUUUGUACGGAAACAAGGACGCCGAGGAGCGGGAUCAGGUGGUGUCCGAGAAGAUGCAGAUGGCCGAGGAGAUGCACGGGACCGCGAUGCACCAGGAGACGGUGGAGAAGUCGAGGGUGUAG